GCGCCGAGACACGAAUGAAGCUGCAAAAGCUCCAAGUCUCUUCCCCAAAAACCAAACAAAUGCGUGAAAGCGAAACGGGCCACAACAGACUGGCAUGUGUGUCGAGUGUGUUGCCCGAUAGGCGCCAAGUGACGGCAAGUGACAUUUUUGUUUUUGCGCGAAAAAAGGUGUGCGUGUGCUUUGGGCUUGUGUCAAAAUAACAACGGGUCUCUUUUCCGUCCCGCCGAACCGCCGAACCUGCCCGGAAUCGGAUGUAAAAAUCGGUUUUUUGGGUGAUGUUUUUUUACUUUCUUUGUUUUUUACCUUCCUCGCUGUGUGUAUUAAAUGCGUCCAGCAACGGUUGUUCCCGAGCCGGGUUGAACAAGUUGAAGCAAGAACUAAACAGCAAACGAUUUACGGUUCUAUACGAGGUACUUAACACUUGGUGUGUCUAGAUGAACGAAUGCAUCUAUUACGUGGUUCUGUGAGUGUUGGGAGCUUUUUUCAUUUAUCUUAAACCCACCCAAGGAUAAGGGCGCAAUUUGAAGAAAGCGGAAAGAGCAGAGAUUUGGGUUUUUUAUUUAGUCGUUUUACACCGUAGUUAGAUGAAAUUUUGCCCAGUGCUUCCCGCUGUGUACAGCUAGCCGAAACAAAGCCGAAAAGCUCGGUAAAUAGGCGUGCAAUAAAAAAAAAACAAAAACAGCAGUGUGUAGUGUACAAACGCCUCCUUUGGUAGCAGUCAUCGAAUCGGGGAGGUUAGAUUUUCGUAUAGAAAAAAGGUACCACACAAAGAAGAAAAAGCUUGAGCACAGCAUAAAAAUUCGGCACGGUGGUACGGUGACGGGCCUAGGAGAGGCGGCGCAACGCAGCGGCGGAUUAUGGACAGUAGUAUGGUCGAGGAGAACGGUUCCUCGACGAUAGGCGAUCCGCUUGGUGGUGGUGGUAGUGGUGGUACCGGCCCGAACGCAACCGGUUCAACGGUUGGUGAGGCGCUGACGGGCGGUGGCGGUCGUGGUCCCGCAUCGGGCGUUGGAACGCAGCAUCAAAACGAGCUAAUUAAUACCUCCAACAACGGUAGUACCGAUAGCAGUACGGCAAUAACGGUGGCAGCAUCUACCGGCGAAGGUGGUGGUGGGGGAGGUGGCGGCGGUGGUGGCGGAGGAGGAGGAGGAGGAGGCGGUGGUACGGGAAAAGGUGCGGCGGGUGUGGUACCCGGCAGUGCGGGAACCGGUGGAUUGGUCGGUACAUUAGGUUCCGGAUCCGCCAACAGCACGGUAACGGUUGGUGGUGCCGCCGGUCCAGAAGUAACGCUUGUUCCGGCAGCAGCAGCAGUAACUGCCACCGGUACCAACAUUGUGCAGCUUCUGUCAACAUCGCAAUCGCCCGGGCAGGCACAAUCUGUUAUACAGCAGAAUCAACAAUCUGUUAUACAAACGGCGACAGGAAACGUCCCAUUAGCAAGAAGUGUACUAUUAGUGUGUAACAAACCAAACUCCGUGAUCCACACAACUACGGGCAAUUUGCAAACCAUACACAUCAAACCAGAACCGCACAUCGUAACCGGAUCCGGUAGCAUUAUGACCGACACGAACAGCGAUGAUACACUCUCGGACGAGGAAGCGUCGCCGAAAAAGCGAAGAGACCUGCUAACCAGGCGACCAUCCUAUCGUAAGAUAUUGAGCGAUCUCGGCGGAGCGGAAAUCGCCAACACCCCGAGCGAUGGUUCCGGCCUGCAUACCAUAGCGACACCUGGUGGUGUGGUGCAAUAUUCCCAGCCCUCGGAGGGCAUUUACGUACCUCUCAUGGGCGGUAACGUGCAACUGGAGGAUCAGUCACGCAAGCGCGAGAUGCGAUUGCAGAAAAACCGGGAAGCGGCCAGGGAAUGUCGCCGCAAGAAGAAGGAGUACAUCAAGUGCCUAGAGAACCGGGUGGCGGUGCUGGAGAACCAAAACAAGGCCCUAAUCGAGGAGCUGAAAUCGCUGAAGGAGUUGUACUGUCAGCAGAAAAGCGACUGAAGCGUGCCAGCAACCGUGCCGCGUCAAUACCGGACCAUACGUAUAUAGGCUGGGGGAGCGGCGAGGUAUGUCACGCAUGUGGAGACAGAAAGACGGCCUCCCCCCUCCCCCCCAGGCCAAUUGCAGCCCGACAACUUUACCUGCAACUAGUCGCUUAGUACUGCUGUGUUUGCAGCUGUCCAUUGUACGGCAGUGAACCGGGCACAUGCACUACCACAGCUAUCCGGACGUGUCUCGAUGGUGGAGGAACCAAUGGAGUUGACAGCUGACAGUUGACAGUUCCAUCUUUGGAGGAAUCGCCGUCAUAUGGUGUAGUCACCAUUAGCUAGCUAAUCGACCACCGUCUGUAUCAUUUGUACACCAACACGCAAGAAGGCAAGCAUUACGAUACCCAGCAAAAGUGCAUACCCAGAUUUCAAGAUACUAGUGUAACGCUUUAGGAAUAAUUACUGAGCAAGGGCCCUCCACAUACUUAGGAAGUGUCUUUUUUACUAGAAUGCGCGUUAGGUUCUAGUUUUGAUGUACCGUCUCAUCUUUAUUUUGUAUUCCAAAGUUGACGUCUUUAUAUUUGGACAUAUUUUAUAUUUUUAAUACAUACUCGUGAGCAGAAUUACUUCGUUUUUUUUCCUUCAAAUUCUAAUGGUAAAGUUAUUGCAAUUUCUUGAUUCUUUUCAAUGUGAGCUCUGGUAUGUGUGGAGAUGUGGAAUUCUUGGGAAUUUUUACCACUUUUGCAUGUUUUAAUCGAUGUUGUUUAAAGUUUACUCGACAGACAAACACAAAAUUGUCUGAAUUCCAGAAAUUGGGAAGAAUUCUAAAUCUUCCCAAGAACACAUACCAGCGCAAAACUGGAAAAGAACUUGGAGAGCAACUUGCUUCAAGCUUUUGCCACCUUGAACUCCGAACCUGGCACCACUGUACAAAUUUGAUCAUUAUUUUAACAACAAUCGUGAUUGUGAUGGAGUGUAGGAUAGAUUGAAAAGGGAUAUAAUAACACACCUUGUAUCACAACUUCUUGUUAGCUGAUCGCAUUACCAUCAACUUGCUGUUAUGAUCAUCUAAAUUGCUGGAUAGUAUUUUUUGUUACUUUUUUCUUUUUGCUUUGAGUACCAUUAGCUUCGCCCGAUUUGCACAGAUUGGAUAGCCGAAUAGUGCAGCUUGUCUGUCUGUGUAAGCUACAGCCUCCACAAGUGACUUUUAGGUGUACAGUGAAGCAAAAAAACAUAUUCUUAUUAGUUUGACACAACGAAACCACUCGAACCAUGUUGUGUCUGCCUUACGUCGGCUUACUAGACUUAUGCGUAAUAUGGACGGUCAGUCCGUUUUUAAGUGACGGAGCCCCCCCGUUUUGGGUGGUCUCGGCUUCAAUUACCAACGCUCGCCAAAAAAAACAAAAAAAUCUUGAGGUGUGUUUAGGUUGAACUAGCGGCACCCACAUGGGACCCCCGACAUGUACAGAAAAUAGGUUUAUGAUUUACUACUACUUACGAGAGAUCCUUUCGGCUGGGGAUCCACAUUUUUUGAGGGGGGGAGGGGGGGAGGGGGCGGCGGGAGAUGAGGUUCUGAUAUUCUGAUAUUUCCGUUUGCCAUAGUAUGUAGGCAGAAUGAGUUUUGUUGCGAUUAUAGACGAGACAAAAGUAUAUUUGUAUCUCACCUUUUGUUUUGUUUUUGUUACUACACCCAUACUAAAAGCUCGUUCCCACACACACACAUACACACGCGCACAUGAAUAUUCAAACACACACACACACACACAUACAAGCGAGGUCGGGUGCAAACACGCGCGCGCUAUAUUUUUACCACUUUUACGCGACUUACACUGCUGCAAGCAGAAAAACAAGGAAACAAAACAAACGAAAAAUGAAAACUCAGAACAAAAAAACCGAAAACGAUGUAUCAUAUGUUAGGGUAUCCUGAAAGGAUAAAAACGAGCUAGAGAACGUUUGUAAGAAAAAAUGUGUAGGUAUAAGAAAAUAGAAAGAAUAGGAAGAAAAAGAGGAAAAAUUAUGACUCAAAGGAACUUGAACACAAAACAAAACAAAAACACACAUCGGUAGGGACAGAUUGCGAUAGACAGGAAUUGAACUAUUCUUUGUUUUGUUUUCUUACCUCUUCUUUUCCGUUACUUGUUGUUCGGAUAGUGCAAAAACCGUGUGUGUAUGUGUAGUAGUAUGCUGCAAGCAGGAAAACAAUUGUACAGAAGAAAACAAACUUCAUAUAUAAACGUAGGGAGGGGGGCCUGGCCCUGUCCUUGGGGAGGGAGUGGGGGAGGGGAAAAUGGUGGUGUGUAAUAACUGUUUCUCAGCCGUGAUUCGAACCCACACCCGGGGCGUGUUGUUAAAUUGUGCAUUACCCGAUUAUACCUAUCUGAUUCUUCUCAAAACAGAGGCAGAUAAUUAGAUUAAUCGUGAGAAGAAGAAGAAAAAAACGAAACAGGCGAUUUAGGGGGGUUUUUUUUGUACGUUAUAUGCUUACAGUGUCAUGCAAUCGUAAACGGAUACUAUUGUAGUUUUUUUUUCCUGUUAAGUUAUGCUUAAAAUGUAGAAGAGAAGAGGAGAGGGAACCGCCACAUAAUCUUCAUGGUGUGCAGAAACACUAUUUGCAAACAAAAAAAAAGAAAAGAAAAAAAACCGAUAUAGUUUGAAAUGAUUGAGCCAGCUGUUAAUUGUGCGUUAGAAAUAAUUCAACCUAAUUAUGUUUACUAUUAUUAUUAAAUCAUGUUCAAAGUGUUCGAAUUCGGAAUGCCCCCUGGUGUGAAAUAAAAUGUUUUCAUUACCCGAUUUUCUUUAUUUUCGAACAGAAGUUAUGCUUUGGUUUUUCCGUUACUGUUUUGUUGUUGUUAUUAUUAGGUUUAGUUUUUCCGCACCCAGAUGAAGGAGAUCGUGGCGUUAUGUAACAAACACACACAGAAGAAGAAGGUUACUAUGUCCGCUUACAAUUGUUUGACGCUGUAUGUGUAUUUUAACUAUCUGCAAAUGGUUUGUUGUCUGCUCUUUAUGGCCCCCCAAUUAUCGGAAAGGUGCUUUGAAAAAUAAUCAUAAGUAAACGAACAAAUCGUUGUCAUGCAAAAGAAUUUAAAAGUGAAAUUAUCACACCCACACACAAACACACACAUAUGCAGCAAUCUGUCCCUAUUUGCGUUUUGUUUAUACGGAUAGCUAGAAGAAGGUUUAGACUAAUACUAUCGUUUCGAAUUCAAUCCAAAGGUUCUCUUUUCGUUUGCCCUGCAAUAUGUUAAGUUUAUUAAUAUUUUGUUUAGAAUAUCAUUAAUUUUGUUUUGCGUGUGUAUGUUUUAUGUAUUUAGAUUAGUACGAUCGUUAGGAUGUUUAGUUUCGAUCUUUCCAAAUCCCUAUUUUUUAUUCACCACACUUGCAGACACAUAUCCAGGCACAUAAAAGUAAAUUUUAUAAGCAAAAAAAACCAAACAAUUAAAAUAUUCAUAGUUAGUUUAGCUCUUCUCAUACUUUUGCCCGGCACAAGCAAACAAAGUAUCAAAAAAGGUAGUAAACAAACAGCAGACAUCACAAACAUAAACUAAAGUCACAAACAGUAAAUGGAGUGGUGAGAAAAUAGUGAACGAACAAAACAAAGCAAAAAACUAGAGGAAAACCAAAAUCAAAACCCCUCUCGGAAAGAAGGAAAAGAAACAAAAUUAUAGCAGAAAAGAAAGAUGCUUUAUUAUAGCAAGUGUCAGAAACAAAAAUAGGGUAAAACAAAUUCCAUUACAGAUCAGAUAUAUCAUCUGCCUUUAUAUGUUUGAACAUAUUGUUGUAACAUUUGUAUAAAAGGAAAAUGCUCGGGCAUGAAGUUUUUGUUUUAUUUUUUUUAAAGAUUAUUUUUAUAGCAGAAACGAAAUUUUCACCCUAAGAAAGACCAGUUAAAGCAGCAGUAAGGACAAAUGUAAGGAACCAAAAUUUACGGUACGAUGGAAAUGAGAAAAUGUUUUUUUUUCGGCGUGACGGUUGUCUACUGCUCAUCCUCCAAAAAAAAAAUCAACAUUCAUUUGGUGUGUGCGCCCCAAAAAAUAAGGACUGUUCAUAUUUGCCUUAAAUCUCUUUUUGUUUUUUGUUUUUUGGUUUUUCUAAUGAAAACCGCGUCCCGGCGCUUGCAGGUGUAAACACGGCCAAGUGAAGUGAAGAUCCUUGGGUUUAGAGGAAGCUUGAAAUACAAAUAUAUCUAGAGAAUUAUUUACAAAAGCUUAAGAUACCAUUUAAAGGGAAAGGGCACCCAGGUGAAUUUGCAUACCUUUCGGGUGUAUAAAGCCAUCUGAUAUUUGUCGUUUUUUUGGUCGUGCGUUAAGCUGAAGCGAGCAGCAAAACAAAAUCCAAAAAUCCCGCGUGCGUUCUGCGUGGGUAUUUAUUCGAUGUGUGUACUGUUGGUUGUAUUCCGUGUCCUGUAUGGAGGGGAGGGAGCGUAAACGUUUCAGUGUUCGUCCACUUAUAAAAAAAACGAUGGGACAUAAUUUUGUAAAACAAACGCAAGCGAAAGCUAAAAAAGCACGAAGAACAAGAGAUUCAUGUACCUUUACCACGAAACAGCUCCGUGUCUAUAGUUAGAUUACGCAUGUGAUACGUGUGUGUGUGUGUACCAUUUUUUUCAUUUUUCUCCACGUUUGUGUGGCUACGUUGGCACCAGUUUGUGUUUUGAUGUAAUGGCAACAGUGAAAGAUUGGGCGCCUCCAUCAAAUAGUGAAGUGACCAGAAGUGAAAGAUUGGGCGCCUCCAUCACGUGAUGGAGUGAAAGAUUGGGCGCCUCCAUCAAGUGUAACCAGAAGUGAAAGAUUGGGCGCCUCCAUCAAUUGGUGGGAUGAAAGAUUGGGCGCCUCCAUCAAGUGGAGGAGUGACCAGAAUUAGUGUGACCGAUUUGUCAGAAUGUAAUGCGACAUUUAGUCCGUAUUUUAAUUGAUGUAUUUGUGUGUGUACGUGUAUAAGCUCUGGAUGUAAGUUGUGGUUUUUGCGGAUGGGAGGAAAACAAGAGCAAGAAGAAUAAAAUAAAAAAAACAACGAUCUUGCACCAUUUUUAAGGAAGCGCCAUUUUUAUCGUCGAUUAGAGUACCAUCGGUACAGGUGGUACCCCACAGUCACCUAAUGCUGUUCCAUAUUCUCCUUCAUCAUUGAAUGUUUGUUGUUACACAGGAAUCACAAACCAUUCACAACACUAAUGUUUGUUAAUCGGCAUUUGUAAUGUUACACCGACAGGAUUGUGAUUCGAUAGCAAAACGGCAAACUUAAACCGUUCCAAACACAUACACACACACACUGUGUAGCCGUAAGGUGAUACGCACCAAAAACAAAAUGGCUACAUACAAGGCCGUGUAACGUAUAUGAAAGUGAAGAAGAGAAAGGCAACAUUAACUAUUACUAGUAUACCAACAACACGGUACAAAGCAUGUCUUCUAAGUGAAAACGAGAAGAAAAGAAGAAAAAAUAAGGAAACAAAAAAAGGUGGAAAUAAGCCCCCCUGUUGUGUAAGAAAUGUUUUUUAAGGGUGUAUAAUAAGUAAAAAAAACCACACACACACACAAAAGAAGAUUUGCGCUCGUCGAUUAGGGGAGGCAGAAAGGAGGCGAAGCAUGUUAAUUACAUGAUAAUUGGAUCUUUUUGUUAUUAUUUUAAUAUUAUAUGAAUAAAAGUAUAUAUAUACAUAUAUGUAGAAGUAAUAAUAUACAAACACACACACACAGAUACUGACGCAUGAGUGUGUGGGUCAAAUGGUGGGUCGAUUCUGUGUGUGGUGAAACAAAACGAAACAAGCUGUGCAAAAUGUAAAUGUGUAAAAGAAAAUAUUUUUCAAAAGAGAGAAAGAGAGAGAGAACACGUAAACAAGCAUUAAAAAAAUUAAGAAAAAAAAACACUUGAAAAAAAACAUCAGUUACCCUCCUCUACUGUUCCGUCGUUCUCCGUCCCCCCCUUCCAUCAUCCCUCAUCGUUAUGCUGGUGCGUGUUUGGUUUUUUGAAUUGGCAAAUGUAUGCAUACAUACAUUUGAAGGAAGAAAAAACACACACAUACACACUACAAUUAAAAAAAAAUAAAACAAUUUGCUAGAACGCGCUGAACGGCUUGAAAGGACAAGAAGUAUCAACAUAAAAUGAAUUUAAAAUUAAAAAAAAAAAACAAGAUAAAGGCGCAAGAUAGUGGCCAAGAAUGAGAGACCAGAAGCAGAACAAACAAAAAAAAAACAGAUUAAGGAAAAAAACUAGUUGUAAGGCACUGAGAAGGAUGUUACUUUUGGAGAAGCAGACAGCAAAGAUAGUGACACGAAUUACAUCUUUAUCCUUUAUUCGCCAGAUGUUAAACGCGUUUGGAAUCAAAUGGAGAAAAAGAAAACACACAGAAUACAUAACGAAUAA